UUAACCACUUUUUUCUCAGAUUUUUUUUAGUAAAAAAUCACAUGAUUCAAAAAGAACUCUUGCGGUCAGUUAAAGGAAUCUGCGAUGCGUCAGAUGUUCUGUGGUGUUCUGUGGUCAGAUGUCAAAUCAAAAUUGUCAAUCCACAUGUCAAACGUUUUCGUUUUUUUAAAAUACAUUUUUUAAAUAGUGGUCUAUUUUUAAACUGUUAAAUCAGAAGUAAGUCUAUUUCUAAAUGCUGCCCUUCUGUGUUAAUUAAAGAAAUCUAAGCCGUUAUAAUGAGAACUUUUACAAAAACGUUAACCUUAGUGUUGGGACUUUCUGCAUUUGGAUUUACAAGCUAUAUGUUAUAUCUGUUUUUAAAAAAGGAAGAGGAAGAUGAUUUACUCGAAGGCUAUGUUCAUAAAACGAAUUUCAAAACUAUGGAAAUUAAAGUGCCAAAAAAUGUAGUAAGAAGUCUUAUUGGUCGAAAUGGAAGUAAUAUUAAACAAGUUGAAGAACAAUCAAAUACAAAAAUUAAUUUUAAAGACAGAGUUGAUGAAGAAGAUAAGAUUUGUAUCAUAAGAGGCACUGCAGAUUCGUGUAACGUUGCAUACCACUUAAUUCAAGAUUUUAUUGUUAACCAACCGGUAUUGGAAACUGAAGACUUAUGGAUUCCAAUAGCCUGUGUUAAAAAUGUGAUAGGAAGAGGUGGAGAAAAAAUUAACGAAAUUAGGAGCCUCUCGGGUUCAAAAUUAACCCUAGUAGAAGAUGAGAAAGGUGUGACAGCUAAACGAAUGGUUAUCAAGGGAACUAGGGAACAAAUUAAUGUAGCAAGAUCACUUAUCGAGGAAGUAGUUGAACAGUCUCAGCUCUGUCAGCAAGUUAUUCAUGAGAGUUUGUCUAAGAGAGAACCAAGAUUACCAGCACGGUCACCUGAAGUUGUAAAAAAGGUAGAAACUCCAAAAUAUGAGAAAAUAACUCCAGUACCAGGCCAGCCUGAUAAUCAAUUUGAAGUAUAUGUAUCAGCAAUGGAAAACCCAUCAAAGUUUUGGUUACAAAUAGUUGGACCAAAAGCCACAGAAUUAGAUUGUCUAGUUGAAGAAAUGACUGAAUAUUAUGGUAAACUGGAUAACAGAGCUCAGCAUGUUUUAGAUGAAAUUAACAAUGGUGAUUUAGUAGCAGCUGUAUUUCAGUACGACAAUAAAUGGUACAGAGCUGAGGUUCUCGAAACUAAAUAUAAAUCAGAUGAAAAAGUAGCAAAACUCUAUUAUGUAGAUUAUGGAGAUACAGAUUAUCUGCCUUGUAAAGACUUGUACGAACUAAGAACUGAUUUUCUUAGAUUACAUUUUCAAGCUAUUGAAUGUUUCUUAGCUCGAAUUGAUCCUGUAGGAGAAAAAUGGUCUGAGGAAGCUAUAGAUCGUUUUGAGGAAUUGUCUCAUGUGGCUCAAUGGACUAAGCUAUCAGCCCGAAUAAAUGGAUAUUCAAUAAAAGAGAAAACAAGAGCUAAAAGGGAAGGUUCUCCAGUGCCAGGUAUCGAUUUAUAUAACGUUUCAAACGAGCAAGACGUUGAUGUGGCACAGGAAUUAGUCAAAGGAGGCUUUGCCAUAUUUAAGAAAGGUUCAGACUUGAGAUCGAGCAGCCGAACGACAAGCACAAGUAACAUAAGUGUGGCAAGUAGUACUUAAAAAAUCAGUGAGUUGAUGCAAUGAAGGUGAUUUUAAUUACACAUUUAACAUCUACUUAAGCUUUACAUGGCAAGACUGUAGUUCAUAGAAAAUGCAUGAUUUUUUAUAUAUUAUGAAUAUAUCCUUUAAGGAGAACCAUUAUUGUAUUUCCAUGAUGAAAUAUGGCUAUAUUUUAUUGUACCUGUUAAAAUGGGGAUAUAAAAAUAAAUCUUAAUUAUAUGAUUAAAAAUCCCUGUUUAGAUAUGGAAAUGUCGUUUUUUCUGUAUAUAGAGAAAUAACUUGGUUGUCUUUUGUUAAGUCCUGUGUAAAUAAUUAUUAAAUCUGUUUUGAUCUGAUAAGUUUCGAUAAGCCGCUAUCUACAGGGUUGCCAUAUUAUUCUACACUGUCGUACAUAAAGCUGAUAUCAGAGAGGAAAAAAAUUAUAAAAUUGGCAAAGUUAAUUUUUGGAAAAUAUUAAAUUUUAUAAUUCUUUAAAUUAAUAUUCUAAAAGUAGUCUUCCAAGGAAGAAUUAACUAAACGAGUAACAAAGGGUUCCACUGUAUGCUGACUUUAUGGAGACACUGUAUAAUAUGGAGAGAAUAAAAAUUGAUUUGGUUUAUUGAAAAUGUUAAUAUUUUACGAUUAUAUGCUAAUUUGUUAGUAUCAAGUUAGGAGUUUAGGAAACAUUUAUUUACAUACAGAAAUAGGUUUUUGGCCAUAUACUUUGGAUUUUGGUCCUGUGAAUGUACAGUGUUUCCAAAUUUCAUAAAUAUACAGAAAAUUCGUUGUAUGGUGUUAAGUUAGAAAAUUCCUUUUAAAGUAAUUACAAUUUUCUUAAGGUGCGUUCACACCGGCUGCGGCUGCGCCGUUCCGCGCGAAACAUUUUUUAAUAUGUACAGGGUGAGUCAACGAUAGAGUAAAGUCCAUUAUCUCUUUUGUUUCGCGGUUUACAAAAAAAAU